CACACUUACCCCCAAUCACAUAAAAAUCUCCUCUCCUCUAUUCUGUUCUCUUCUCUUCUCUUCUCUUCUCUCUAAACCCACCCUUCGAAACCCUAAAACAGGAGUUGCUUCUUCUUUCUUCCCGAGCCCUACUUCCUUCAAUCUCGAAUUUCUCAUCACAACACUUAUGGCUGACCUUGAAGUUGAUCAAGGUUUUGAUGAACCUGAAGUUGAUCACGUUCCUGAUCAAGUACCUGAUCUGGUUCCUGAAAACUCAGAGCCUGAACAAAAGCAAGGGCGUGAUGAAGAUUCUGUGGUCGGAGGUAGUGAAAAGAAGUGGCCUGGAUGGCCUGGAGAGAGUGUUUUCAGGAUGUUGGUUCCUGCACAAAAGGUUGGUAGUAUAAUUGGACGCAAAGGGGAGUUCAUCAAAAAAAUAGUUGAGGAGACAAGAGCUCGCAUUAAAAUUCUUGAUGGUCCUCCAGGGACAGCAGAAAGAGCUGUAAUGGUAUCUGCCAAGGAGGAGCCUGAUUCUUCUCUUCCUCCAGCUAUGGAUGGCCUUUUGAGAGUCCACAAACGCAUUGUCGAUGGUUUGGAGGGUGAUUCUUCUCAUGCUCCACCAGGCAUGGGGGGCAAGGUUUCGACGCGGCUUUUAGUGGCAGCCUCUCAAGCUGGAAGUUUGAUUGGAAAACAGGGAGGAACAGUUAAAUCCAUUCAAGAAGCGUCUAAUUGUAUCGUUAGAGUUCUUGGAGCAGAAGACCUGCCUGUUUUUGCUCUUCAAGAUGAUAGGGUUGUUGAAGUUGUUGGGGAUCCAGCUGGUGUGCACAAAGCGGUGGAGUUAAUUGCAUCUCAUCUUAGGAAGUUUUUAGUUGAUCGGAGCAUAAUUCCAAUAUUUGAAAUGAAUAUGCAAAUGGGGAAUCCUCAGAUGGAGCACAUACCACAACACCAAUCGUGGGGUCCACCUCAAGGUGUUCCUCCAAGUGGUGGCGGAGGUCCUGGUUAUGGACAUAAUCCUCAAUACCUGCCACCUCCACGACAACUUGAGAAUUACUAUCAACCUGCUGACUUGCCUCCUAUGGAUAAACAGCCUCAUCAUGGGAUAUCUGCCUAUGGAAGAGAAGCUCCGAUGGGAUACCCGCCGUCAAAUGCCCAAGCAGCACCAUCAAUGGUUACCCAGCUCACGCAGCAAAUGCAGAUUCCACUACUAUAUGCUGAUGCUGUUAUUGGGACAGCUGGUGCAAGUAUAAGCUACAUUCGACGAGCUAGUGGGGCAACCGUAACUAUACAAGAAACUAGGGGUGUUCCUGGGGAAAUGACAGUUGAAAUCAGUGGAACUGCUUCCCAAGUUCAAGCUGCUCAGCAGCUGAUACAGAAUUUCAUGGCCGAGGCUGGGGCACCAACACAGGCGCAAACAGGUGGGACUACAGACCAAGGUUAUAAUUCUUAUGCAGCUCAUGGUUCUGUUUAUGCAUCUCCACCUUCCAACCCUGGAAAUUCAGGCCAUGCUGGAGGUUAUGGCUCAGUCUAUGGUUCUAACUAUGGGUACUGAGCCAGCUGAUUGGAUUGUUGUUUUUGAGACUAUUAAUGUCAUUAUUGCAAAUUUAGUGUACUCACCAAAAAAAUAUUUUAGGUAAGUUGUAAUAGUGUACUUUUUUCAUGCCAAACUUUCAUUACAUGCAUUAGAUUUCAUCA